AUGUUAUCCAUCGUGCUGCCACUGAUCCUGUAUAGCUCUUAUGCCUCCAGCCAGAUCCUGUAUCCGCCGCAGUAUACCACCAAUAGGAUUGUGGGAGGAGAGGAUGCUGCCGAGGGCGUGGCUCCCUACCAGAUAUCGCUCCAAGGAGCAGGAAGUGGCCUCCAUUCCUGCGGCGGAGCAAUCAUCGAUGAGCGCUGGAUCAUCACUGCGGCACACUGCACGCGGGGUAGGCAGGCUUCGGGAUUUCGAGUCCUUACGGGCACCCAGGAUCUGUACCAGAAUGCCUCGAAAUACUACUAUCCGGACCAGAUUGUGGAGCACUCGGACUAUGCACCGCGCAAAUAUCGCAACGAUAUAGCUCUGCUGCAUCUUAACGAGUCAAUUGUGUUUAAUAAUGCCACCCAGCCGGUGGAGUUGGAUCAUGAGGCACUGGUGCCUGGCUCAAGGCUGCUCCUCACAGGCUGGGGUACCCUAUCAUUGGGUGGAGAGGUUCCAGCUAGGCUCCAGAGUCUGGAGGUAACCUAUGUGCCCUUUGAGCAGUGUCGUGCUGCCCAUGACAAUAGCACCCGGGUGGAUAUCGGUCAUGUGUGCACCUUUAAUGACAAGGGACGUGGAGCUUGUCAUGGUGAUUCCGGUGGUCCUCUAGUGCACAAUGGCAAACUGGUGGCUUUGGUCAACUGGGGCUUGCCCUGCGCCAAGGGUUAUCCAGAUGCCCAUGCCUCCAUAGCUUAUUAUCACGACUUUAUAAGGACUCACCUCAGUUUAUCCAAGACUGAUAGUCUUGAUGAAAAUCUAGAGGAAAUGAUGAAAGAAAAGGAUUAA